AGGGCGGGGUGAGCAGGCUGUGCAAGGCCCAAGCACAGCCGGACAACACAUUGCGCUUCAGCGCUGAGAGCGCCCGGAGGUUGGGGUCUAGGAGCGCCGAGCGCUACCCAUUAGUUCUGCGCAUCCUCAGUCUUGAGCACCGAGACAGUGCCGCUAUGACAGCCGAGGAGUUAAAGAGUGAAGGAACUCAGCACUUCACAAUGGAAGGGACCGACAUCACCCCCAAAGGAGAUCAGGGAGUCCUGAAGCUUAUAAAGAAGGAGGGUACAGGGGAGAACACCCCCAUGAUUGGCGAUAAAGUCAGCGUACAUUACACCGGCUGGCUGACAGACGGGACCCAGUUUGAUUCCAGCAGAGACAGGAAGGAUAAGUUUACCUUCGACCUUGGCAAAGGGGAAGUGAUAAAGGCAUGGGACAUAGCUGUGGCAACCAUGAAGGUUGGCGAAAUCUGCCAAAUCGUUUGCAAACCAGAGUACGCUUAUGGCACAUCGGGGAGCCCGCCUAAAAUCCCGCCCAAUGCUGUGCUUGUAUUUGAGGUGGAGCUGUUUGACUUCCAAGGGGAGGACCUGACGCAGGAUGAAGAUGGAGGAAUUAUCCGUAGGAUACAGGUGAAAGGCGAGGGCUAUUCCAAGCCCAAUGAGGGAGCCGUAGUGGAAAUACAUGUAAAGGGCACGCACGAAGGGAGAGUCUUUGAUGAAAGGGAGUUGAAGUUUGAGGUGGGUGAAGGAGAGAGCAUCGGCAUCCCCCCUGGAGUGGAAACUGCCAUCCAGCAAAUGGAGAAGGGAGAGAAAGCCAUUUUGUAUCUGAAGCCAAAAUAUGGAUUUGGCACCACCGGGAGUGAGAAGUACCAGAUUCCGCCAGGAGCUGAGCUGCAAUACGAUAUCAGAUUAAAGAGUUUCGAGAAGGCUAAGGAGUCAUGGGAGAUGAAUGCGGAGGAGAAGCUUGAGCAGGGCUGUCUUGUGAAAGAGCGCGGAACCCAGUAUUUUAAGGAUGGUCGUUACCGCCAGGCCACUAUCCAAUACAAGAAGAUCAUACAGUGGUUGGAACAUGAGUCGGGCCUGUCAAAGGAAGAAGAUGCCAAAGCUAAAUCACUUAUAUUGGCAGCUUCUUUGAACCUGGCGGCCUGUUACCUCAAGCUGGGGGAGCACAGAGCGGCACUAGAUCACUGCAACAAGGCCCUAGAACUGGACCCCAGCAACGAAAAGGGUCUUUUCCGUAGAGGAGAAGCCUACAUGUGCACCAACGAUCUGGAGCAGGCUAGGAAUGACUUUACAAAAGUGCUGCAGCUAUACCCAGCCAACAAAGCUGCCCGGGCCCAGCUAGGGCAGUGCCAGGUUCGCAUCCGCCAGCAGACAGAGCGAGAGAAAAAGAUCUAUGCCAACAUGUUCCAGAGGCUAGCGGAAAAAGAAAGCAAGGAGGUUCCGCCUGCCCCGAGCGACAUAGAAAUGAAAGAACCUGAUGAAAAUGGUGAAAAUGGAUCACUAAAGAGCGUGGCAGCUGAUGCAUAAGGAUGAAACCCUCAUUUAUAUAUAUAUAUAAUAUAAGGAUCCUUCUUUAUUACAGACCCAGGUGUUUCUACAUGAACAAUGGAGUGGGAUAGUUUUACAAGGAGGGUGCUGACAUGGUUUGCACUAAAACUCAUCACGCUCCUUUUGCUUGGGCCGAGGUGGUGACUGAUUUCCUUUUCAUUCCGGCCUCUCAUGCCUCGGGACUGUGGCGCCCAUCACCCUGUCAUACGGUCAUAGUGUAAACAGACGGACAGACAUUGGUUUCAUGAACUGAUAUGUCGGGGUUGGACUCUCUCAGUAGCAGCCACCUUCCGUUCCCCCCCCCUUAUUGUGAUCUCCAAAGGAUACGCUAUGUUCCCUUCCACUGUGCGUUACGUCAUCUUCCAUUGGAAAGCAGCUGCUUAGGGUUCUCUACAAUAUUAUUAAUUUUUCUAAUUUUGAAAACAUCCAUGUGUUUUGUACAUCUGCUUCUCUUCCUGUUGUACCCCCACAGCACUCAGUCUGCCUUCCUUUCUCCCUCUCUUUUUUUUUUUCCUGGUAUGUAGUAUUGUUUUAUUGUGUUAAUUGCCUGUAAAUUUAAAAUAAAUGAACAACUGUUUUUCCACAA